UAAGGCGUCAGCGGCUGUGUUCGGGGGCAGUCGCAGCCCCAGAGAUGGCAGUGAGCGAGAGGAGGGGGCUCAGCGGCGAGAGCCCAGCGCAGUGUCGAUGGGAAUACUUGUCGCUGCUGGUGCUGAUGCUGAGCGGCUGCUCAGGCCGUAUCCACCGGCUGACUCUCACAGUGAGCCCCGCAGGCUUGGCCUCGCUGUCUCCCCCCCCCUUAGCUCCGCCGGUGAAUGGAGCAGCCGCACCUCCCACUGCAGGCUGCUAGUGGUCUCGUCCUGGGGUCCCCCCGCCGGGUUCUGGGGGAGAAGCGAGCUGACAUCCAACUGAACAGCUUUGGAUUCUACACCAAUGGUUCCCUGGAAGUAGAGCUGAGCUUACUGCGACUCAGCCUCCAGGAGACAGAAGACAAGUUUCCAAAGGUGGGAUUCAGCUUGAGCCGAGUUCGGUCCGGCAGUGUUCGCUCCUACUCGAGCCGGAAUUCCCAUGAAUGCCCUCUGGAGAGAAACAGCAGCAACUUCCUGGUCCUGUUCCUCAUCAAUAUCAAGGACCUGCAGGUCCAAGUCCGAAAAUAUGGGGAACAGAAGUUGUUCAUCUCCCCUGGCCUCCUCCCUGAAGCUCCCUCCCAGUCAGGGCCCCCGAAGCCAGACCCAACAGGCACCCCCAAGGACAACCAUGUCAUUCACCCAUCUCCAAAAAAGAUGUCUGCAGUCAAGGAAGAUCAGGCAAAGCUUACAGUGCCCCAGGUUUCCGGGGAUAAAGCUCUCCCAGCGGGACACAGGCACUCAUCUGAUGGCCAGCCACAAAGCCAGCCACCCACACGGGGGCCCAGUGGGAAGGAGAAGGAUCUGGUUUUGGGACUGGGCCACCUCAAUGACUCCUACAACUUCAGUUUCCACAUUGUGAUCGGCUCCAGGGCUGAGGAAGGCCAGUACAGCCUCAACUUCCACAACUGUUACAACACAAUACCAGGCCAGGAGCAGCCGUUCGACCUCACUGUAAUGAUCCGAGAGAAGAAUCCAGAAGGCUUCCUGUCAGCAGCUGAAAUCCCCCUCUUCAAACUCUAUCUAAUCAUGUCCGCCUGCUUCCUGGCUGCCGGCAUCUUCUGGGUGUCCGUGCUCUGCAAGAACACGUACAGUGUCUUUAAGAUCCACUGGCUCAUGGCAGCCCUGGCGUUCACGAAGAGUGUCUCCCUACUCUUCCACAGCAUCAACUACUACUUCAUCAACAGCCAGGGCCACCCCAUCGAAGGCCUCGCCGUCAUGCAUUACAUCACUCACCUGCUGAAGGGCGCCCUUCUCUUCAUCACCAUUGCCCUGAUCGGCUCGGGCUGGGCCUUUGUGAAGUAUAUGCUGUCGGACAAGGAGAAGAAGAUUUUUGGGAUUGUGAUUCCCCUGCAGGUCCUGGCUAAUGUAGCAUACAUUGUCAUCGAGUCCCGUGAGGAGGGCGCCAGCGACUAUGGACUCUGGAAGGAGAUCUUGUUCCUGGUGGAUCUCAUCUGCUGUGGUGCCAUCCUCUUCCCAGUGGUCUGGUCCAUCCGGCAUCUACAGGACGCAUCUGGCACUGACGGGAAGGUGGCAGUGAACCUGGCCAAGCUGAAGCUGUUCCGACAUUACUACGUCAUGGUCAUCUGCUAUAUCUACUUUACGCGCAUCAUCGCCAUUCUGCUUCGAGUGGCAGUGCCCUUCCAGUGGCAGUGGCUGUACCAGCUCUUGGUGGAGAGUUCCACCCUGGCCUUCUUCGUGCUCACCGGCUACAAGUUCCAGCCGGCGGGGGACAACCCAUACCUGCAGCUGCCACAGCAGGAGGAUGAGGAGGACGUACAGAUGGAGCAAGUGAUGACAGACUCUGGGUUCCGGGAAGGCCUGUCCAAAGUUAACAAGACAGCCAGCGGCCGGGAGCUGUUGUGACUUCCCCGUGUUCAGAGAUCCGCCUUCAGACCUUCUGCACCUCGCUGCGCUACACUUGUCCCCAAGUGUGCAGGGAGUCCAAGAGGAAGCUGCUCACAGGGCACCAGGGCAUGGAUCCCAGGGAGCUUUUCAGAGAAGAUGCCCUUCUCCCAGCAGCACCACCCUCUCCUCGCCGGGUACCCUUCAGCCUCUUGUACAAUAAGGACCAGUCUCCUUUUCAUUUCUUACGUCUCCUGACUUUGAGCGUUCUGAGUGUCUAAGGCAGUCUGCAUUUAUGAUCUUGAACCCUGAAUUCCAGUCCACAUGGUGGCUCUGGAGAGCCUGGGCUUCAUAAAACUUUGAUUAGUAAACAAAUAAAGAGAAGGCAGAAUUCUCA